GGAAGGCGAAGCGUGAGGACAGACGGUCCGAGUCAGCCAGACCAGUCACUCGGGGGAGAGCCAGGAACUAGAGAAACUUAUUACGUGUCUUACUCUUCGUUCUUCAUAAAUGUGUCGGUGUUUACAAUGUGGAGUUUGUACUUAUAACAAACUUUUAAUCGAUGUAUUUUCAAUGAAUCUUCUUGAUGUCAACAGAGUGUGGUCUGUAAAACCUAACAUGCUUUGGGUCUGUAUAUCUUAAUGGUUAAUAUUAGUAUAAACAAACUGUAACCUUCCUAAACAUUAAGCUGAUUCUGUUUACUGGAUAUAUAAAGGUGCAUUAACAUAAACAGCUUCACUUACCUCCAAGAAUAUCCUGGAAGACGUAAAUGACGAACCAAACACUCCAUCUGGCUCUUCAUGUUAGGUGGCUGUACUGCGGAGGCUAACCUGGGAAUAAAACAAAAAUCCAAAGUUACUGUGGCGUUUACACUACAUUAAUCAUCCUGGAAAAAAAAGUAGCGUCUCUUGUACAAAUUAAUUAGACCCCCAAAUAUCUUAGACUUGGAUGAGCUAAAUGUUUGGGUUUUAUGUGGAUGAUAAUAAACUCGUAAACUUGUAAUCAUCCUGGAAAAAAAAAACUUGUGUAUUCUUGUUCGAGGUAAAGAAAUGACCCCAAAAGUAAGCUUAUCUUGGCUGGCCUGAACCUUCUGCCUUUCCCUGUGUGUGAAGAACAUCUGUAUGACGGUAAUACAGUACACAGUGUGUUAGUGAAGGAAAACAUAGUGUUUGUGACCAUAAGAACGCCUGUCUCCUUUACCCGAGAGCAAACAUUCACGUGACAAUAUAAAAAGAAUGUUAAAUGUGAAAAUAAAAACGACUGACUAUUUUUCCUCCGUGUAAACAUUCAUAUGGUAGUGUGUGUACGUGAACAGUAGCUGAUAUAUACUACCUUAUAUGUGUACACAGAUCCCAUUAGUGCACAUAAAAUAACAUGUACACGAUGCUACAGUCGUUUACACGGGUGAUUAUAACAUUAUGAACAGUUGUCUAUGAACGUUCUUUACGUCAAUUAUCAAGUUUGUACACAUCGAAGGCUGUACAUACAUAAAUACACACACACGCACGACCGAUAACGUACACCGAUAAAGACCAGUUAACGUACAUGAGUGAUCAUCAUAACAAUACAUGUACAUGAUUUAGGAUGUGCACAGAGAAUCCUCAGUUGGCGUACACACGGAGGUACACAUAGAUAUACGUGACAGAGACACAGGGUAAGAUGUUCACAUUGGAGUGGCAGACGGCAGGGGUGGGGUGGAAGAGGCUGGACGGCCCCCCACCCUCCCUCAACCCCAGCAUCAUGGCGCUCGACUCCCUCGACUUCGACUCUGAAGACUUUAACCUGAUGAACCUCGCUGCCCUGAACGAGAACCUCACCAGCCUGGCCCACAACCUCACCCACCUCUUUAACCUCACCGGCGGCAUCAACGUCGAUCUCCUCAAAAAGUUCGAGAAGAAUCGCCGAGUCGGGGACGGGGCGUUUUACACCCUCAUCUUCGCCUACAGCGUCCUCAUCCUCCUCGGGGCUACCGGGAACUCCCUGGUGGUGAUGGCGGUCAUCAGGAAACCCGCCAUGAGAACCGCCCGUAAUGUCUUUAUCAUCAACCUGGCCAUCUCAGACCUCCUGCUGUGCCUGGUCACGAUGCCUCUGACACUAAUGGAACUCCUGUCGCAGUACUGGCCGCUGGGGGACACGCCCUUCACCUGCAGGCUGGUGGGCACACUGCAGGCCACCUCCAUCUUCGUCUCCACCAUCUCCAUCACCGCCAUCGCCCUCGACAGAUAUCACGUGAUUGUGUAUCCAACGAAGAAGUCGCUGCAGAAGGUUGGGGCGGUGGGCAGCCUGCUGGUAGUGUGGCUGUUGUCUUUCCUGCUGGCGCUACCCAACUUCAUCUGGCGGACGCUGGAGACCCACCACGUCAACCUUCCGGGGAUCGAAGUGGUGAGAUUCUGCUUCGAGGAUUGGCCCUUCGAACACGGGCGCGCUUACUACAGCGUCUUCGUCAUCCUGGUACAGUACUGUCUGCCUAUACUGACGGUGAGCAUCGCCUACGCAAGGAUCUGUAACAAACUCAAGUACAGGAUGACCAACGCCUCCAGCAGGUCAGCGCGCUCCAGAAAGGAAGACCUGAGGAUGAAGAAGACCAACACACUACUCGUCUCCAUCUCCCUCAUCUUCUGCUUGUCAUGGCUGCCGCUCAACCUCUACAACGUCAUCGUCGAUCUCCAUAACCCCUUCGGCGAGGACACAGAGUCUAUGCUGAUCGUGUACUCAGUGUGUCACAUGGCGGGGAUGUCCUCGGCGUGCUCCAACCCGCUCCUCUACGGGUGGCUCAAUGACAACUUCAGAAAGGAGUUCCUGGAGAUCUUCGGGGUGGUGUGUCCCUGCUGCCCCGUCGUCACCAACGCCUCCAGGAUGAACAGUCUCAAGACCAGCAGGAUCGGCAAGGAGGGCGGGUCUCUGAAGUCCCUGCCGCUCUGUAAUCACCCGGUGGUCUUGUACACUAAGGCGCCCGAGGAACAGACCUGUAAUGGCCUCAGUGUGGACCUGCAGGACCAGGAGGUCACCUUCAUCUCACAGGUCGUGACCACCACCACCCUCUAGCUCAACACAGACGAUCGACGGAAGGAGGACCAGGAGGCGGCGACAGAAGAGUGUGGCCAUGUCCUGAGGAAGACCCACACCUUACAUCCUACCACGAGGAGUCUCCAAGAUCCUAAACGGGAAAGAAAGAAAAAUCCUUCAACACAGGAUUUCAUUUUUGGAAGAAGAAAUUUCAUAUCUACUAUUUCUCUUCAGAAAACUCAUGUCUAGGAUGUCAAUAGUUUCCUUUAAUCUAGUGUAGGAUGUGCUUUGAAUUUCUCAGCUGUAGGAUAUCACCUAAAAAUCCUUCCUAAUGAUGACUAUAAUCUGACUGAAGAAAUAAUACGCCUGACUCACAAGCCUGACUCACAAAUGUAUAUAUUAAAUAACAACUUUACAUUCAGGCAAAAAAAAAA